AUAAAAUUAAGGUAUAAGCAGCCAAUGUUGAAUUUAGCUAAAUAUUGCUUUAUAAUUUUAUCUAUUUAAAGCCAUAUUAUUUGCACUGAUCAUCAUCAUAUGAAAUGCAAUUCAAUUUCAAUUAAUGAUGUUUGAUUGAGUGAAAGUGUGAUAUGGCUGAAGCUAUUGUUUCAUCUGUAAUUGAAAGAGUGGGAGGGUUAGUAGUUUCAGAAGGUAAAUUCUUGUAUGGACUACAAGUCAACAAUGCCCAAAUCAAGCUUCAAUGUAUGAGCGCUUUCUUAAAAGAUGCAGAUGCUUGGUCAAGAGACGGGCGUAAUGAGAGAGUAAGCCUUUUGGUUGAGUUCAUGAGAGAAAAUUCUCUUGACUUAGAGGAUGUUAUUGAAACUUACCUCUUCCAAGGGGCUAACAAUUCUAUUGAGAGCAUUGGAGUUUUCAGAUAUGCAAUGAAAUUGCCUUUUCUCUUAGUUGAUGUUCACAUAGUUGGAUCAGAGAUUGAGAGGAUAUCAUCCAACAUUGCUACUUGGACGUCAGAAUUAGAAGCACUUGGAGUACAGAGAUUAAUAUAUGACAAAGCAGCUAACGAAGCUUGUUCUUCAAGUUACUAUACACAAAAGGAGUUGAGGAAAGUUUCUUCUCAUGUUGUGGACAAUCAUGUUGUUGGCUUAAAGGAUUACAUCGAAGAGUUGGUUGCGCUUUUGAUUAAAAAAGAGAAUACUCAUAAGCAUAAGGUGAUUUCGGUCCAUGGGAUGGGCGGUUUGGGCAAGACUACUCUUGCCAGAAAGGUCUAUCAGCAUCCUGAUGUGAGGAAACACUUUGACUUUUAUGCUUGGGCCUCGAUAUCUCAACAAUGUAACAAACGGGAAGUCUUGGAAACUAUUUUAUUCGGUUUCACUUCUCCCAACAAAGAAAGAAGAGAAGAAAUCAAAAUGAAAAGUGAUGUUGAAUUAGCCAAGGAGCUUCAUGACUUCCAAAUAAAGUGGAAAUGCUUGGUGGUUCUUGAUGAUAUAUGGACUACUACAACUUGGGAUCUUCUAAAAGAUGCAUUCCCUACUACUCAAGGAGACACAUUGCAUAGCAAGAUCUUACUCACUACUCGAAAAAGGAAUGUAGCUUUGCAUGUGGAUCAACAUGGUUUCCUCCAUAAACCUCAAUUCCUCGAUGACAAGGAGAGUUUGGAGCUGUUUCAAAAAAAGUACUUCCCAACCAGAACAGAUCUUCCAUCAAACUCAAAUGAUGAUGAUGAAAGGAAGACAGAUUUGGCUAAAGUGAUGCUUGAAAAGUGUGGUGGUUUGCCACUAGCUAUUAUUGUGCUUGCUGGUCUUUUAUCCAAGAUUCACACCAUAUAUGAGUGGGAGUUGAUGAAAACAAGUGUAUUGAAGUGCAUGGAUCAAGAUGAACAACAUGAUGAUGACUCAGAAUACCGUAGUGUUUUGUGGGUGUUAGGUUUGAGCUACACCGAGUUACCACCUCAGUUGAAGCCUUGUUUUUUGUACUUGGCUCGUUACCCUGAAGAUGCCACGAUAAGAGUAAGAGAGUUAUGUCUUGUGCUCAUGGCAGAAGGUUUUAUAUCACCAAAGAGAAAUUCAGCAAAAACAACGGAGGAAGUGGCAUAUGAUUGGCUAUGUGAGUUGGUGGAGAGGAGUAUGAUUCAGGUAAAGGAAAUGAGCUCAAUAGGAAGAAUAAAAUCAUUCUGCAUUCAUGAUCUAAUGCGACACGUGUGUAUAACUAAAGCUCAGGAUGAAAUGUUUUUACAUUUUAUUGAUUUGAGGAAUAAGGAAGUGGAAGAGAACAUAGAAACAACAAAGGCAAGAAGAGUUUCCAUCUAUGAUGAUAAUGUUGUUGAUAGAAAUGCCCGUUUUCCUGGUAUGGUUCAAAAUAUGAAUGACUCUCUUAGGUACUUCUCUGUAGAAGGGCCAAGUAUGGAGUUCGGAGAAGGAGUAUUCGGACAUGUAUGCAAUCACUUUCUAAUGCUUCGAGUUUUGAUUAUUGAUGACAUGAAUGGGACUCUGGAGUUGCCUGAAGAAAUCGGAAAUCUUAUUCACCUAAGGUUAUUUAGUGUUCCUUUUAGGAAGAUUAAAGAGAUUCCAUCUUGUUUUGGCAAUUUCAGAUGCUUGCAGACUUUGAGAGUACUUGCCUCAAAUAGUAUAUUACCAGAGUCCAUGUGGAAGUUGGAACAACUGAGGCAUUUGAAUUUUUCACUUGCUUCUAAUGUACCAAUUGGUAAAUUCUUGAGGUCAACUAAGUCUAGAAAUAUUCAAACAUUGGUAGGUAUUUGUGCCAAGGAUCUAGUUCAAAGUGAUUUUCAAUAUCUAAAUAAUCUCAAGAAAUUAAAAAUCUAUGUGGAUCCAAGUUCUGUUCCACUUUUCAACACACCCCAAACUCUCACAUUCACUUGUUUGUUGUCAUUACAAGUGAAUAAUUAUUUUGACACCAUAGAUGUUGUUCCUUUGAUAUUAAGUUGUCCUCGAAUUUAUAAGCUUACAUUGAACUCGGGGAUAGAAAGAUUACCAGAAGUCAACCAAUUCUCCCGAAAUCUCAUGAAGUUAAAGUUGAGUAAGCUCAAUCUUGAGAAUGAUCCAAUGCCAACGCUAGAAAAGCUUCCAGAAUUAAGAGUACUUGUCAUUAGUAAUCAUAGUUUUGUGGGCAAUGAGAUGGUGUGCUCAAGAGGAGGUUUUCAUCGACUCGAAUCUCUUGAGUUUAUCGGUCUGAUAGACUUAAGAGAGUGGAAGGUGGAGGAGAAUGCAUUGCCUAGACUUGGCUAUUUACGUAUUCGUGAAUGCAGGGGAUUGAGGAGUGUUCCAGAUGGAUUAAGAAACAUUGUGACACUCAAGGAGAUAAAGAUAUCUUAUAUGCCUAAGAAAUUCAAAGAAAGGAUGGAGGAAGGAGGAGACGAUUUCGAUAAAGUCAAGCACGUGCCAUCUCGUGUAUUUUUCGAAUGUGAUACAGAUUGAGACAAUUGAAUCAAAUCAGCUUUGGACUUAAGGAUUGAGUUUUCUACCAGUGAGUGUUGAAUAAUAAAAGUUUGGAAUUGUGUGGCUUUUCUCUUAUAGUACAAUUGAAUAAUAUUUGUUUGGAUUGCGUUUGUAUUUUCUCCUUCAAAAACUAUUGAUGAAUAAUAUGUUUGGAUUGUAUUGCUUA